CCCCCCAUUUCAGCGAGAAUUAAAAAAAAAAAAAGAGCUUUUGUUCUCUGCGUAUCUGGUGCAAUACUUCAGUAUGCUGAAGUUAGUUUGAGGAACUUUGUUUUGGGGAGAUUUUACGCGCAAGAGUCUCCAGCUCUCCAGAAGAUCUCCGCAUGCCCUUGGUGAAUUAUAAAUAGCUUCAUCUCUCAAUUGUGUUUUGAUCACCAAUAAUAUGUUUUCCUACGAGAUGUUCAUCUGCGUCCUGGCCAUCGCCUGUCUCCUGGAGAUCCCCCGAGGCACCGCGGCCGCGUCCUGCGAGCCUAUCCGCAUCCCCAUGUGCAGGUCCAUGCCGUGGAACAUGACCAAGAUGCCCAACCACCUCCAUCACAGCACGCAGGCCAAUGCCGUGCUCGCCAUCGAGCAGUUCGAGGGGCUGCUGGGCACCCAGUGCAGCCCGGACCUGCUGUUCUUCCUGUGCGCCAUGUACGCGCCCAUAUGCACCAUCGACUUCCAGCACGACCCCAUCAAGCCCUGCAAGUCCGUGUGCGAGCGGGCCAAGUGCGGCUGCGAGCCGGUCAUGAAGAAGUACAAUCAUACGUGGCCGGAGAGUCUGGCCUGCGAGGAGCUGCCCGUCUACGACCGAGGAGUCUGCAUCUCACCUGAGGCGAUAGUCAAGGCGGAGGGGCCAGAUAAUCCUUACUAUCAAGACCCUUCAAAAUGUAACCCUGAAGGAAAUCCAGACUUCCCAAUGGAUUCACAUAAUGCCAACUGCAAAGGAGCUAAUGAUCGGUGCAAAUGCAAGUCUGUGAGACUUGGUCAAAAGACAUAUUCAAAGAACAAUUACAAUUAUGUCAUCCGGGCAAGAGUGAAAGAGAUCAAGACUAGAAAUCAUGACCUGAGCGCCAUCGUGGAGGUCAAAGACGUCUUGAAGUCUUCUCUGGUCAACAUCCCUCGAGACACCGUCACUCUUUAUUAUAACUCUGGGUGUCUGUGUCCUCCGCUAGCAGCCAAUGAGGAAUAUAUCAUCAUGGGUUAUGAAAAUGAGGAAAGGUCCAGACUGCUGCUCAUUGAUGGAUCCAUUGCACAGAAGUGGAAAGACAAAAUGGGCCGGAAAGUGAAGCGCUGGGACCAGCUUUUGCGUGAGCAGAGCCGAGCAAACUCAGGCAGGAGCAACACGAGACGGAGCCGCCACUAACUGUCCUUGAGAAAAACCACACGGACAAGCCAAAGAGGAGAGGGGGUUCAAAAACUGAAAAAUUGCACUAUUGUACUUUUGUUUGUUUGUUUUUCAUUUUUGGCUGAGACUGUUU